AUGCCUCCGAGAAGAUCCGCUGCAGCCUCCGCCGCCGCCAGAGGAGGCGGCCAAGGCCCCACACUGAAGCUAAUCGUGGACAAGGGACCGUUAUCCGGCAACACAAGUGAGUUCAGGCUGGGAACCGCGGUCAAGAUCGGACGCCUUGUCCGCGGCAACACGCUAGCUAUCAAGGACUCAGGAAUAUCCUCCAAACACCUGCUCAUCCAAGCCGAAGAAACGCCGGAUCCUUCCGCCCGGUGCUGGACCGUCUCCGACCUCGAUUCCUCGAAUGGAAGCUUUCUCAACGGCGCGCAGCUCGAGCCAUUCGAAGCGGCGGUUCUGUUCCAUGGCGACGUUAUCAAAAUCGGCGAGGAAACGUCGAUUAGGGUGGAGAUCCUUACCGGGGAGGAUAAUGAAGUCGUUUCCGUGGUGAGGAGGAACACGCGUCGGCGCGUGAGGGAGCAGGUCGUCGAUUUGGGGGUAAUUGACGAGUUUGCCGAGCUAGGGUUACAGAAUAAUGUCGAUGAGGAGAAAAUCGAAGUUGAGGUGAAUCAGGGGAGGAAUGCGAACACUAGGACAAACAGAAAUUCAGCGAGAAGUAAGAAUUUGGGUCAGGAUUUGAAUGUGGAAGAGGGUAAAGUCGUAAGCACUAGGAUGACUAGAAAUUCAGCGAGAAAUUUGAAGUUGGCCAUGGAUUUGAAGGUUGAAGAGGAUAAUGGUUUGGAGCCAAGUGAAAUCAAAGGAUCGAGAGGUGUAAGCACUAGGAGGAAGAGGAGGGAAGACAAUGUCGAAGAAACUGUAGUCGAUUCAAGCCUGAUCGAUGGCAAAAAGGCAACGAGAGGCAGAGGAAGGGGGAGGAAGAAGCUAAGUGUGGAAACUAUUUGUGAAGAAACAGAGAAUGAAGGAGCAAAACCGGAGAGCAAAGAAAAGGAAAACAGAUCAGAUAUUGCAGCUGAUGAAGUGAGAAGCUCUGGAGUGGAAGAAUGUGUUGCUGCUGGAGCUACUACUAGUAAAGGGGAGAUGGUGGCAGAUUUGAGUAAGAUGACGUUGGGCGAAUGGCUUGAUUUUGUGGCGGUAUACGAGCCUCAACAGAUCAUUGCUGAAACAGAGGAGAUGCUGGCAGAGAUGAGGCAAAAAGCGGAGAGAUGUCACGAGUUCAUGUUGCAACAGAAGAAAGCGCAAGGGUUGAAUACUUUGAGCAAGUGA